AUAAGCACCUUAAUGACACAAACUAAAGUCACACAUCCGUCUUAAACAUGUUUUUCUACCGCAUAGCUUGUUUGGCGCAAACCAAAGUAAUUAAUAUAGUGAGUCGCCCUGCUCUGUGCCAAGUACGCAGAACUGUGUACACGAACUCACCUAAGAACAGAAGCGAUGUAACGAAACGCGAAAAAUACUUUCUGCAGAAAGAUGAAAUACCUUUAGGAUUUGCAAUUAUCUACAGGGCACCUAUGGAGUACUAUCUUUCAGCGUGUAACAUUGCUACUUCCUUUAGUUUCUUGGCCAUGGCAGGGAUGAGCGUUUUUUCUAUUUUGGAGGACUUCCGUAAUGUCAUGUUGCCGUUCCAAAUGGAAUAUGCAACGCUUACAACAAAUGAAAAAGAUCUACUGCUUUUUGUGGGAUUUUUCUUUUUGGUAAAUGUCAUCAUACGUAUUGUAAUAAAUCGUUAUCCGCUGCGUAUUUACCGACAAAAAAAGCAGUACAUUGCGGUGUUCGAAGGGCAGAUCCCACUAGGGAAAAGAAUGUUAAAAUUUCAUCGUGGUGAUGUGACUGUAGUGCCCCGCAGCGGUAUUCUACCGUGGCAGGACGCUAGAUACAAAAUAAAUAGUAACAAGGUGCUUCUUUUAAAUGAAUAUUUUCGCUCGCCAUCUGAAUUGAAUAUUAUGUUGAAAUCGUAAAAUGAAAUGAUAAUAAAACUGGGGUAAAAGACUAAAAUAGCCCCCCCACCACUCACGGUGAGCUACUGAGUGACCGAAAAAAAUGUUCAUUUCUAUAUUUUUGGUAACCAAAUCUUUAUUAAAAUAUGCGGAAACGUAAAUUAAUGGGUAAAAGACUAAAAUAGGCCCCCGCACUCACUGUGAGUUACUGAGAUACCGAAAAAAACGCUUUUUAACUGAUUAAAUGUAUUUUUUUCACCCCUCCCCCCUUUCCUAAUACAUUAAUUUACGUUUCCGCAUAUUAUAAUGGAGAUUUGGCUACCAAAAAUGUAGAAAUUAGCGAUUUUUUUGGUCACUCAGUAGCUCACCGUGAGCGGGGGGCCUAUUUUAGUCUUUUACCGAUUUUUCUGUAUCAAAAACGACUUAACCUUUGUAAUAAUAGUAUACGAUUAGCAAAAAGAAAUUAUUGAUG